AUUACAUUAUGCAAUUGGAUAGAAAAAAGCUAGACAAAGACAUAUUUAGCUUGAUUAUGCUCCUUCCAAUCUCUUUCAAACACUUUGCUUUUUUAUCUAAUGGCACUUUCUGUGGAUUGCCAUGACCAUAAUCUUGAAUCAAUGUCAAUGGAUUCACAGGAGAGUAAAGAAACAUUUGUUUCAACAGCUGCGGUGAGGUUGCAAAAAGUUUACAGGAGUUAUCGUACCCGGCGCAGGCUAGCAGAUUCAGCUGUUGUUGCUGAAGAGCUGUGUUAUGGGACUAUUUGGAGGUCGCAAGCUAUAGAUUAUGCAAGGCUGAAUCACAGCACGGUUUCCUUCUUCAAUUUUCACAAAGCAGAAACAGCUGCCUCACGCUGGAGUAGGAUCAGCUUGAUUGCUUCUAAGGUUGGAAAAGGGUUGUAUCAAGACGCUAAGGCACAAAAACUAGCUUUCCAACAUUGGAUUGAAGCUAUUGAUCCAAGACAUCGUUAUGGCCAUAAUCUCAACUUUUACUAUGAAGAGUGGGGUAAAGGUGAUACAGAGCAGCCAUUUUUUCAUUGGUUGGACGUUGGAGAUGGCAAAGAUGUUGAUCUCAAAGAUUGCCCAAGAUCAAGGCUUCGACAAGAAUGCAUUAAAUAUCUCGGAUUGCAAGAAAGGGAAUACUAUGAAUACAUAAUUGCUGAAGGGAUGAUAGUGCAUAAACAAACUGGAAGUCUCCUUGAUACAAGUCAAAAAUUGCAAGGCUCAAAAUGGAUUUUUGUUAUCAGUACCUCCAAAAAACUUUAUGCUGGUGAGAAAAGGAAGGGAUCAUUUCAUCAUUCCAGCUUCCUUGCAGGAGGGGCCACUUUGGCUGCUGGAAGACUUGAGGCAGAAAGUGGCAAGCUCAAGUCUGUAUCGGCAUACAGUGGACAUUACCGACCAACUGCGGAGAACCUUGGCAGCUUCUUAGCCUUCCUUGACGAGAAUGGGAUCAACCUUGAUGAAGUUCAGGUAUUUUCCCCUACAGAAGAUCAUGAGAGCUACAAUAGCCGCAAAUCAGUUAAUGAAGGAAGUUAUUCAACAAAAAAUGUUCAAGAAGAGAGUAAACUGGGAGAACUAACAAAUUCUGAAACACCCUGCCAAACUCCUAGGGAGAAUGAGAUUAACAGCAGAUCCUCUGAAUCAUGUACCUAUGCUCAAACAAAAAGCACACGAACACACAGUUAUAAGAGAACCUUGUCCAGUGAUCUCCAUAGAACCAGAACAAAUCUUCCAAAGAAAGAGAUAUUGCAGAGGAUCAAGUCAAAAAAGGAAGUAAGUUCAUAUCAACUAGGGCAUCAGCUAUCAUUGAAAUGGUCAACUGGAGCAGGCCCAAGAAUUGGGUGUGUUGCGGAUUACCCUCUGAAACUAAGGCUUCAAGCCCUCGAGUUUGUUAACCUCUCACCAAGGGAUCCUCCCACACCAUCAGUCUGCGAUGUUUUUCUUAGUUCAAUUACAACUUUAUGUGUGGUAAUGUGACCUUAGAUUGACUGUCUUUCUUACAAGUUACUAUAAGAAGUCAACAUCACUUUACUUUUCAA